AAGGUAGUUUUGGUUGUUGCUUUAAUUGACUCUUCUUCACCCAAACUCUUUGCUUUCUCUGUAACGCGCUGCGAUUCUGUAUUUUCUUUUGUUUUCCUCGGUCGCUCACAAUGGCUCCGCGAGCUAGAUUGCUGCGACUCGCAGCGACAUCGUGUUCGCGCAAUGGCGUCGCAACGGCAACGUCAUGUACCAGACUUGUAACCUCGUCAGCACCGUCAGCUCUGCGCCAGUUCUCUGCGUCGACGGCGCGGCGAUUCGCUGGCUCGCCUGUGGUCUGGAAGGCCAAGCUCACGUCCGAGACGUACACUAACCUCAAGCGAGACGACAAGUUCGCCCAAUUGACGCAAGAGCACGUCGACUUCUUCAAGACGCUCUUGGGAAGCGAAUCGGCAGUCAUCGACGGCACCAGCCAAGACCUAACAGAAGAAAUGAUUCCGUUCAACGAGGACUGGAUGCAUAAAUACCGCGGCCAGAGCAAGCUUGUGGUGAAGCCGGCCUCCACCGAGGAGGUCAGCAAGAUCCUCAAGUACUGCAAUGACAAUAUGCUUGCUGUAGUACCCCAGGGCGGAAAUACAGGUCUUGUUGGUGGCUCUAUUCCCGUCUUUGACGAAGUCAUUAUCAACAUGAGCCGCAUGAACCAGAUUCAUUCGUUCGACGACGUUAGUGGCUCGCUUGUGCUCGAUGCCGGUGUUGUUCUCGAAGCUGCGGAUCAGUACGUGGCCGAGAGGGGAUACAUCUUCCCUCUCGACUUGGGAGCCAAGGGUUCUUGCCAUGUUGGCGGCAAUGUGGCUACCAACGCCGGUGGUCUGCGAUUACUACGAUACGGCAGCUUACACGGCAGCGUGUUGGGUAUGGAGGCGGUGCUCCCAGACGGAACCAUAAUGAACGAUCUGUGUACUCUUCGCAAGAACAAUACCGGAUACGAUUUGAAGCAGUUGUUCAUCGGCGCCGAAGGCACGCUAGGCAUCAUCACGAAGCUUUGCAUCCAGUGUCCGCAGCGCUCGCCCGCUGUCAAUGUCGCUUUCCUCGGCCUCGAGUCCUACGAAAAGGCGCAGCUUGCAUUCAGAGAGGCCAAGUCGCAACUUUCUGAAAUCUUGUCUGCCUUUGAGCUUAUGGACGGUCUGAGCCAAGAUCUCGUCCACCGUGUGAGACAAGGCAAGAAGCCGCUCGAUGACGAACACCCAUUCUAUUGCUUGAUUGAAACGAGCGGCUCCAAUGGCGAACACGAUUAUGAGAAGCUAGAAAAGUUCCUCGAGGAUGUCAUGUCCAACGAAAUCGUGUCUGAUGGUGUUGUCGCGCAAGACGCAACGCAGGUCAAGUCGCUGUGGUCGUGGCGCGAAGGAGUCCCCGAGUGUGUCGGACACUGGGGUGGUGUUUACAAAUAUGACGUGUCCAUCCCUCUUUCUGACAUGUACAGAAUUGUGCCCGACACAGAAAAGCGCAUGCGUGAAGCUGGCCUCCUCGGUGAUACCGACGAGUUUCCUGUGCUGGGUGUCAUCGGAUACGGACACAUGGGCGAUGCCAACAUCCAUUUGAAUGUGGCAGUGCGUCGCUAUGAUAAGGCUGUAGAGAAGGAGCUCGAACCGUGGGUUUACCAAUGGAUUCAAGAACGCCAAGGCAGUAUCAGUGCUGAGCAUGGUCUCGGCCUUGCUAAGAAGAACUACAUCAAGUACAGCCGCAACGAAGUGUUUAUGGGCAUGAUGAAGCAGAUUAAGCAAUUGUAUGAUCCGAACGGCAUCAUGAACCCCUACAAGUACGUCUAGAUACAGUCAGAACUACUGCAGGAAUGAGGAUUUUCACAUUUGGUGAGAUGGAGAGGGAAAAUGACGGUGCCGGACACUAUUUAGACUUGGACUAAACGGGAUAUAUGUUUCGAGCUCCGCAAUCCACGUUGACUGCGCCUGUAAUGUUACACUGAUUACAAUUACCAUUCAGUCCUGUGAAUAUUGAGCCCCCUGAAUAAAAUAAAAAAGAAAAUUUCUAUAAUGAGGUAUAUGGGUGCGAAGCUGCGGGCGGCGACGUGUAGCGCUGGACCAGUAGCCUCUUGGUCUACAAUACGCGAUUCCUCGGCAUUUGUCCGACCAUCGGCGUACUGGCAAACACGUGGGCUGGAGU